AGCAGUUUGCGACGCUAUUGAAUCAAAGUUCAAAUCCAGUUUGCAGAAAAUAGAGAAUGACCAAGACUCUAUUUUUGACGUAAACUCGUCAAAUUGGUAUGAGAGUAUCUUGCAAUUCCGAAGAGAAAUGAAAGAGUUGGAAGUGAUGGUAGAAAAUCUCCUGGCAGAAGUGUUUGAGACUAUUACCAGCGUUACAGAAGGUAUUGACGUGCUGCAGAAUAUGUAUCAGUACUCAAAACGCAAAGAUCUUGCCACCGAGUUUGAAAAGAGAACGAUCAAGGUGUUCAAGCUGUUUGCCACCGAGAUACAAGAAACGCGCAAGGAACUGGUGGAAGAUAAGCGUCAACAUCCAAUGGGCCUGCCGAGGUACGCUGGCCGAGCACUCACGGCCGUCCUCAAGAAGAAACGACUCAAGUCCAUCAUGAGAACGGUCAAUGAAGCACAGUGGCUCAAAUAUUGCCAGAUCGAGGAAGAUGUAAGGAACCAAUAUAAGAAACUGAUGGCUUCUCUAAAGGAAACUGUCCUCUCCCACCACAGACGCUGGAUGAGUUUCACUUCUCCCAACAUAUCUCGCAGAUUCAUGAGAUCGCUUCUCACCUGGUCCACCAAACGUCCAGGACUGCUGGAAGUCAAUAUUGACAGGAAACUACUGAAGACUCUUGAGGAAGCCAAGUUGUGGAUUCAAAUGGAAUUUCGUGUUCCUGCUCAUGUAGACAUGGUUUUGGAGAAACACAACGAACUUCUGCUGCUCUACAGGAGUGUGGAGGCUGUGAUGAUGGACUACAAUAGGAUCAUAUCUGCGCUGUCAGACCAAGAGAGAAUGCUGUUCCGGGAGCUGAUCAAAGAGUGCAAUCGCAAGAUAAUCCCCGGCAUCACCAAGCUCACCUGGAACACUGACAUGGCCGAUGUUUACGUUUCCGAGUGCUGUGUCCACCUCGAGUUUCUACAGAAGUUUGUGGACGACUACAAAAGCUGCAACGUAGAAGUGGUCAAGCUGUGUGAGAAGAUCUGUGAUACUCCUCUCAUCAACAUCCCACUCCACGACCCGUUCAUGCUGAAGGAACUGGUGCGUGUCAUGGCCGACUAUAGACAUUCGGCUACCAGGCAGCUGGUCGAUUAUUACAACGAGAUUUUCAAGUACUUAGUUGUCGUUUACGAGGGGUUUGAGUCUUACAUGGGGUCAAUGAAGACACACUGGCUGCUGUAUGUGGAGAAGAUGGACACACUGGUCGAAGAGGCGUUCCGUUUGUGUGUGAAACACUCGUUAAAGAGGUUGCUGGAACAUCUGAUGGGAGACGGGUCUACUGGGCCGACGCCUUUGGUGGUGGUGUCCACGUUCCUCAAGAAUAAUAAGAUUGUAUUCAGCCCCACAUUGGAGCAGAUCUUUGCCAUGAGCAAGAACAUCUUGCCUGAACUGAUGGUGUGUUUGAAGCCUUUCCCCAGACUGAUUGACAAGUUCCAUCUACACCAGCGUAACAAGAAGAUCCCCUAUGCUGUGGUCAUUGACACUGACUAUGAGUGUCGCAAACUGCAAUCAGACAUUGAAAAAGAGGUAGAGGUUGCCAUGAGUGAAUUGAGACAAUAUCUGAAGCAGUGGGAUCCUCUGAGAGAAAUAUGGGAGACUGAUAGAGACAUGUUCAUGGCUAGAUACGAGAAAGCCAAACCUAGCCCUGAGGCCUUCAACAACGACAUUGGCAAGUAUGAGGAAUUUUCAGUAAAGAUAAGCCAGAUGGAUACGGAGACAAACGCUCGCUUCUUUGUAAUCAACUCGCAGUUUCUGAAGGACGACGUGACGGGACAUUGCGACCAAUGGCAGACAAGGCUGUGUGAACUGCUGUUCAACAUCGUGUGUGACCAGAUAGAGACCUUCUACAAGUACACAAUUGAGAACAGCAAAGAGGUGAUGAUUCCUCCCAAGACGUUGCAUGAGAUGGUGGAGUACACAGCUCGUCACAGACAGAUGAAGGCAGAAGUGCCUGACAAGGAGGCAGAGUUCCCUCAACUGAAGGAGGCUAUGUUUGUGGUAUGGCAAUACAUUGGAGACGCAGCCCCUCCUGUCAUGCAAUACAGGUACGAUGGAAUAUCUGACCAGUGGAAGAAGUACUUGAAGACAUUAGAGGAGGCUGAGGAAAUGCUGAACAUCAGUCAAGAUAAUUUUCGUAUCGGCCUGAUAGACGAUGCAGAAAAUUUCAAAACACAAGCUGCAGAACUGAAUGAAAAGUUCCUUCUGCAUGGACCGUUCACUUCAGACUUUGACGCUAAAGGUGCGCUCUCUAUGUUGUCCGGGAUCAAAGCUCAGCUGGAAGAGAUGAAGAAGAAGCAGGAACAGCUGACAGCUGACUUGGGCGUGUUCAACAUAUCCUUGCCACCGAACGACGACCUGAGAAAGUUGGAGAACAACUUGCAACUGUUGACAAACGUUUGGGAACUGACUGAUGAGUGGGACACAGCGUGGGCGAGCUACAAGACCGGAGUAUUCUGGGACAUCAAGGUGGAGGAUAUGGAAAUAACAGCUCAAACACUCUACAAAAGAUUUACCAACUUGGUGAAGGAGUUGAGAGAGAAAAACUGGGAGAUUGUGGAGCAUUCACGGAGACGAGUUGACGCUUUCCGGCGAGUGCUUCCCCUCAUCACCGACCUGAAGAACCCGGCAAUGAGACCUAGACACUGGGACAGGGUGAGGGCUGCGAUGGGCCGGGAGUUUGAUGAGAACUCGGCAGAGUUUACACUGGAGCUCAUCAUAGAUAUAAAGAUGCAAGACUUUGCUGAUGCCAUUAGAGAGAUUUCAGUUGCUGCCUCGGCAGAGUUGAAUAUUGAAAAUGGACUAAAAGGUAUCAGAGAAACGUGGGAGAAGAUGCCUCUGGACAUGGUUGCUCACAAGGACAGAGGAGUUUACCGGCUCAAGGCUGUGGACGAUCUGUUACAAACUCUGGAGGAAAACCAGGUCCUGCUAAGUGCUAUGAAGUCAACAAGAUAUGUUCAGCCCUUCAUACAGGAGGUGGACUAUUGGGAAAGAACUCUGUCAAUUAUCAUGGAAGUGCUGGAGGGAAUACUUACAGUUCAGAGACAAUAUCUGUACUUAGAGAAUAUAUUUACCGGUGAAGACAUCCGAAAGCAGAUGCCGUUUGAAACCAGCGAGUUUGACUUGUUGACAUCAGAAUGGAUUACCAUCACCAACGCAAUGGCUGCUGAUGGCAAAGCUCUCACGGCUGCGGCUAAACCAAAAUUAUUGGAUGUUGUCAACAAAAUGAACGACAAGAUGGAGAACAUUCAGCGAGCGCUUGAACAAUAUUUGGAGACCAAGAGACAUUUGUUUCCUCGGUUUUACUUUAUUUCCAACGAUGACCUUCUGGAAAUUCUUGGAAACUCGAGAAAACCAGAGAUGGUGCAGCCUCAUUUCAAGAAACUUUUUGACAACAUCAACAAAAUCAUCAUGAAUAAGAGUGCUCAAGGCAAGAUAGAAGGUCUAGCCAUGCAGUCAGCUGAUGGGGAAGUGGUGGACUUUACCACCCCUGUCUGUCUUGAGGGGGCUGUAGAACUUUGGCUUUGUGCUAUUGAGGAGGCGAUGAGGUUGUCGCUCCGGUCGUUGUUGAAAACCGUCCGUCUUUCACUCAAGAAGAACCUGAAUGACAGAGACAAGUGGAUCAAGGAGUGGUGCGGCCAACUGUGCAUCACUGCCAGCCAGAUUCAGUGGACAUCGGACUGUACUCGUACGCUACGUGUUUGUAAGGCCAUGGAGAAUAAAUCUGCUCUGAAGAAACUCAAGAAAAAACAGAAUGCGAUUCUAGCAAAGUUCUCAGAUGCAGUGAGGAGCAACUUGACCAAGAUUCAACGGCUCAAAGUCAAUGCUUUGGUCACUAUCGAAAUACAUGCAAGAGAUGUCAUUGAGAGCAUGUAUAAAAAGAAUUGCACAGACGUGUCCGCCUUUGAGUGGAUGUCACAGUUGAGGUUUUACUGGCACCAGGACAUCGAUGAUUGCAUUGUCAGACAGACCAACACGUCGUUUGUCUACGGCUAUGAAUAUCUGGGCAACUCCGGUAGACUUGUUAUCACUCCUCUCACUGAUAGGUGUUACAUAACACUGACUACAGCACUGAGCCUGUACAGAGGGGGCAGUCCCAAGGGCCCUGCAGGUACAGGCAAGACGGAAACUGUGAAGGACCUUGGCAAGGCUCUAGCUUACUACGUCAUCGUCAUCAACUGCUCGGAGGGUCUUGACUACAAGAGCAUGGGCCGCAACUUCUCAGGUUUCGCACAGACGGGGGCUUGGGGAUGUUUUGACGAGUUCAACCGGAUCAACAUUGAAGUGCUGUCAGUCGUCGCACAGCAGAUAUUGUCAAUUUUGUCAGCUUUGCAGCAGGGACUGAAGAAAUUCCCUUUUAUGGGAACCCUUAUAAACUUGGUGCCUACCUGUGGAAUCUUCAUUACCAUGAAUCCAGGUUACGCUGGAAGAACAGAGCUGCCUGACAACUUGAAGUCCAUGUUUCGGCCGAUAUCUAUGAUGGUCCCAGACAGCAUGCUGAUUGCCGACAUUCUACUGUUUGGGGAAGGCUUUAGGGACACACGCAACUUGGCUAAGAAGGUGUAUACUCUGUUCUCAUUGGCUCGUCAACAGUUGAGUAAGCAGGAUCACUAUGACUUUGGUCUGCGAGGUAUGGUGGCGCUGCUGAGAUACGCUGGAAGAAAGCGACGUCAACACCCCAACCUUCCUGACGAGGAGGUGGUACUUCUGGCCAUGAAGGAUAUGAAUCUGGCCAAACUAACUUCAGAUGAUUUGCCACUCUUUAACGGAAUCACUGGAGAUUUGUUCCCCGGUGUUGUUUUGUUCCCCAUCGACUAUAGUGUCAUGAUCACAGCUAUCAAACAAGAGAUGCAGGAACAAUCUCUCCAGGUUACUACAUUUACAUUGAACAAAGUGAUACAGCUGUAUGAAACCAAGACAUCUCGUCACUCUGUGAUGAUCGUAGGUAGGACCGGAGCAGCCAAGAGUGCUACAUGGAAGGUACUGCAGGGCACCAUGGGUAAACUCAAGGCUCAGGGAGUGCCUGGCUAUGAGGCUGUCUCGGAGUAUCCAAUAAAUCCAAAAGCUCUUUCUCUAGGAGAACUUUAUGGUGAAUACAACUUGGCUACAAGUGAAUGGUCAGAUGGUGUUAUAUCUGCUAUCAUGAGGAAAACUUGUGCAGACGAGAGCAGUGAUGAGAAGUGGAUACUGUUUGAUGGACCGGUAGACGCAGUGUGGAUUGAGAACAUGAACAGUGUAAUGGACGACAACAAAGUGCUCACACUGAUCAACAGUGAGCGCAUCACCAUGCCCGAACAGGUGUCUUUGUUGUUUGAAGUAGAAGAUCUCGCUGUUGCUUCUCCGGCCACAGUCUCCCGUUGUGGAAUGAUCUUUAACGACUACAAGGACUUUGGCUGGGAGCCUUAUGUCUCAUCUUGGCUGAACUCUUGCGCAAAUAAAGUCUAUGUAACUACUAUGAGGAAGCACUUUGACAUGUACGUGCAGCCGAUGUUGGACUUUGUAAGGGUGCAUUGUGACCAAGUAGUGCCGAUACCCGAGCUGAGUGCCGUAGCAUCCCUGUGUAAACUGCUGUCUGUUCUCACCACGGAACAGAAUGGCUUUGUGAAAGAACCUACGGACAUACCCGCUUAUGAGUUUUACUCCAAACUGUGGUUCUUAUUUUGUAUGAUCUGGUCCCUGUGUGCUGGAGUGAAUGAAGCUGGUCGCAGAAAGGUGGACACAUACAUACGUGAGUUGGAGGGAGUGUUCCCGCUGAAGGACACUGUGUACGAGUACUACGUAGAUGUCAGAUCUCAGUCAUUCGUCAGCUGGGAGACAGAUCUUCCUGCCAACUGGAAAUACAAUCCUGAGUUACCGUUUUUCAAGAUCCUAGUGCCGACACUGGACUCUGUGAGGUACGAGUAUUUGACGUCCAAGUUGUUGACUGCCGGACACCCCGUGAUGCUCACAGGCAUCGUAGGCACAGGCAAGACAUCCACUGCUCAGUCUGUACUGGCCAAGCUGGACUGUGACAGAUACUCACUGCUGUCAAUCAACAUGUCUGCCCAGACGACUUCAGUCAAUGUACAAGAUUUUAUUGAAAGUCGAGUUGAGAAAAGAACAAAAGGAGUUUACGUCCCUUUUGGAGGCAAGACUAUGAUCACUUACAUGGAUGAUUUCAACAUGCCAGCUAAAGAAACUUACGGAUCUCAACCUCCUUUAGAGCUCAUACGACAGUGGAUAGAUUACGGCUUUUGGUACGACCGUCAGAAACAAAUUCAGAAAUUCAUUAAGGGCAUGUUGCUGCUAGGGUCCAUGGGCCCCCCAGGUGGUGGUAGAAACCAGAUCACCAACCGGUUGUUGAGCCGCUUCUGUACAGUCAACCUCACAUUCCCUGCCGAGUCACAGAUUGUUCGCAUCUACGGCACAAUGCUCAGUCAACAUCUUCAGUUUUUUGAUGAGCUCGUCAAACCCGCAGGUGAUGAGCUAACCCUGAUGACUAUUGAUCUUUACAACAACGUAGUACACAAGAUGCUGCCAACCCCUGCCAAGAUGCACUAUCUGUUCAACCUCCGAGACAUCUCAAAGAUUUUCCAAGGACUGUUACGUAGUAACAAAGAGAACAUCAACACCAAAGUAUCAUUUUUCCGUCUCUGGAUUCAUGAGUGUUUCAGAGUCUUCAGCGAUCGAUUGAUUGAUGAAAGAGAUCGAGAUUGGUUCAAAAAUGAAAUAAAUAAUCAGCUUGGCAAACAUUUUGAUACAACGUUUAGCAACAUAUGUCCGUCUAAGUCCUCCCCUGUAUUUUGUGACUUCAUGAACCAGUACGGUUUGUAUGAGGACGUUCCGGAUAUGAACGUACUCCGGACAUUUAUUGAGAAGCAGAUGAAGGAGUACAACGCCUCGCCCGGAGUGGUCCGGCUAGAUCUGGUGCUGUUCAGGGAUGCCGUGGAACACAUCUGUCGCAUUGUCCGAGUCAUAUCACAACCCAGGGGCAACGUACUGCUGGUCGGAAUGGGAGGAAGUGGUAGACAGUCGCUGGCUCGCCUGGCUGCUUGGUUGGCUCAGUUAACCACCUACCAGGUGGAGAUCACCAAGAACUAUCGCACAGCUGAGUUCAAGGAGGAUCUGAAGAGUUUGUAUCACGCCACUGGAGUCAGAGACGCUCCUACAUCGUUUCUCUUCAAUGACACCCAGAUUGCGGAAGAAAGUUUCUUGGAAAUCAUCAACAACGUUUUGAGUAGUGGAGAAAUUGCUAACUUGUUUAAAAAUGAAGAGUUUGAUGAGAUACGUAAUACACUAAACGAUAUUGCCAAGAAGCAAGGUAUUGUGCCGACAGCUGAAUCCAUUUACAGCUUUUUUAUUGAAAGAGUCAGAUCCAAUCUACACAUUGUACUCUGUAUGAGUCCAAUUGGAGAUGCUUUCAGGGUGCGACUGCGCCAGUACCCGGCCCUGAUCAACUACAUGACUAUAGACUGGUUUGUGGAGUGGCCCAAAGAAGCAUUGCUGGAGGUGGCCUCCAAGUUUCUGUUGGAUGUAGACAUGCUUGCCACCAUCACUGGAGAGCCCAGGGAAUAUGAUGAAAAGCAAUAUGUUGGUACUACAAAGCAGGAAGUCCAGCAACUGUCAGUCGCCCUGAUUUUCUCCACCAUCCAUGACUCGGUGACCAAGUUCUCGCAGACAAUGUUGAUGGAGAUGAAACGUCACAACUAUGUCACUCCCACAAACUACCUGGAGCUGGUCACGGGCUACAAGCAAAUACUAGCUGAUAAACGUGUUGAAGUGGCAAAUGCUGCUAAUAAGUUAAGAAAUGGCCUCUUCAAAAUCGACGAAACAAAAGUUAAAGUGCAAGAAAUGUCUGUUGAGCUAGAAAAAGCUACAGUGCAAGUGAACAAGAUGAACGCAGAAUGUGAAGAGUUUCUAACGAAGAUAACAGCACAGAAGAAGGAGGCGGAUGAGCAGCAGAAGUCGGUGGCGGCCACGACUGUGUUGAUACGUGAGGAGGAAGCAGAGUGCCUCAAGAUCAAGGACAGUGCUGAGGCUGACCUGCAGGAGGCGAUGCCUGCGUUACAGGAGGCCAUGGAGGCACUGGAGGCCCUGAACAAGAAGGACAUUACAGAGGUCCGCUCGUACGGACGACCUCCAUCCAAGGUAGAGUUAGUGAUGGAGGCUGUGAUGAUACUGAAGCAGGUGGAACCUACCUGGGCAGAGGCCAAGAGACAGCUGGGUGAUGUCAACUUUCUCAACCAGCUGAGAGACUUUGACAAAGACCACAUCUCAGAGAAGACACUGAAGAAGAUUGCAGCUUACACUACUCAUGAGGACUUCAAGCCUGAGAUAGUGGGUGUGGUGUCUACUGCGGCAAAGUCCCUGUGCCAGUGGGUGCUGGCCAUCGAGAAAUAUGCCAAGGUCUACAAGGUAGUUGCUCCCAAGAAGGCAAGGCUAGAUGAGGCAAUGGCUUCUCUGAAAGCCAAGCAGAAUGCUUUAGCCUCAGCUCAGGCCAAAGUGGCCGAACUACAGGCCAUUCUAGACAAGCUGAAGGCUGACUUCGACGAGAAACUACUCGUCAAGGAGGAACUCCGGGAAAAGGCUGAGCUCCUGGCUUUAAAAUUAGAAAGAGCUGGCCAGUUGGUGGGAGGGCUGUCUGGGGAAAGGACGAGAUGGGAGGAGACUGUGGCUAGACUAGACCAACAGUUUGAUUAUCUGCCGGGCGAUUGUCUGCUAGGUACUGCCUACAUCUCAUACAUGGGGCCGUUUGUGUCUUUGUAUCGCGAACAGCUGCUCAAAGUGUGGUCAGACGCGGUGGCAGAAACAGAAGUGCCUGUGUCUCCUGGGUUCAAUGUGGUGGAGUUUCUGUCAGACCCGACGACGAUACGAGAGUGGAACAUCCAAGGACUACCGACCGACUCGUUCAGCACGGAGAACGGAAUCAUCAUCAGUCGAGGCUCUCGUUGGCCGUUAAUCAUUGACCCUCAAUGUCAGGCAUGGAAGUGGAUACGUAACAUGGAGGGACCUAAUAACCUACAAUUGGUGGACUUUGGUACGACCGGGUACAUGAAGGUAGUGGAAAUGGCUCUACAGGGAGGUUGGCCAGUGUUGUUGCAGAAUGUUAUGGAAGUUUUGGACCCAUCAGUAAUGCCUAUACUGAACAAAGCUAUAGUCCAACAAGCGGGAGAGUGGUUUAUAAAGCUGGCUGAUCGUACUGUCCCGUACAAUCGCAACUUUCGCUUUUUCAUCACGACCAAACUCAACAAUCCCCACUAUCCACCGGAGAUCUCCACGAAAACCACACUGGUCAACUUUGCUAUCAAAGAGGAAGGUCUGGAGGCUCAACUGCUGGGAAUCGUUGUGAGAAAAGAGAAACCUCAGCUUGAGGAACAAAAAGACUCUCUUGUCCUCAACAUUGCAGAAGGAAAAAGAACUUUGAUCAACCUAGAGGAUGAGUUACUCAGGUUGCUGAGUGAGAGCAAGGGCUCUCUGCUGGACAACAUUGAACUUCUGACAACAUUACAGACAUCACAGGCAACAUCGGCCGCCAUCAAGGAGCAGCUAGAGACAUCUGUUGUCACUGAAGUAGAAAUCGAUUCUGCCAGGGAGGGCUAUAGACCUUGUGCCAAGAGGGCUUCUAUCCUAUUCUUUGUGUUGACUGAUAUGGCCAGGAUUGAUCCAAUGUAUCAGUUUUCUCUUGAUUCCUACAUCAACAUCUUCCUCAUGUCCAUUGACAAAAGCAAGAAGACGGAAGUGCUGGAAGAUAGAAUUAUCAAUCUCAAUGAAUACCACACCUAUGCCGUCUAUAGGAACACCUGCCGAGGCUUGUUUGAGAACCACAAGUUGCUGUUUUCAUUCCACAUGUGUAUCAGGAUACUGGACGCCGACGGUAAGAUCAACCUUCAGGAGUAUCUGUUCAUGCUCAAAGGAGGUGUUGUGCUCAACAGGGACGAACAGCCCGACAACCCUUGCCCUGGUUGGCUACCAGAUGCAGCUUGGGACAAUAUAACAGAGUUAGACAAGCUGGGAGGUUUUCACGGAGUUUGUGACUCGUUGGAACAGUUUCCUCGCGACUGGCGAGAGUGGUAUUUAGCUGAGGAGCCAGAGACUCUACCUCUUAUUGGUGAGUGGCAAGACAUCUGUAACGAGUUCCAGCGUAUGUUGUUUGUGAGGUGUUUACGCGAGGAUCGUCUGUCGUUCUGCAUAUCAUCUUUCAUCACGAGCUACUUGGGGCCCAAGUUCACAGAGCCGCCGGUGCUGGACGUCAAGACAGUGUUGGACGACUCGUCCGCUCGUGUGCCGCUCAUCUUUGUGUUGUCACCAGGCGUCGACCCGACCGGGGCACUCAUCAGUCUGGCCGAGGCAAACAGCAUGAGCGACAGGUUCUUCUCCCUCUCUCUGGGACAGGGACAGGCACCAGUGGCCACCAAAUUGAUAGAGAAAGGUAUGGAGGAUGGAGACUGGAUAUUCCUGGCUAACUGUCAUUUAUCUCUGUCGUGGAUGCCGUCCCUGGACAAGAUUGUGGAGAAUUUGCAGUCUGGAGAGCCUCAUAAAGACUUUAGGUUAUGGUUGAGUUCCAGCCCUCAUCCAGAUUUUCCAAUUUCCAUUUUACAAACAUCCAUUAAAAUGACAACAGAACCACCUAAGGGUAUCAGAGCCAACAUGAAGCGGUUGUACAAUCUGAUCACUGAGCCACAGUUUGCUGUCUGUCAAAACCAAGUCAAGUACAAACGGUUGCUUUUCUCACUCUGUUUCUUCCACUCUGUCCUUCUGGAACGCAAAAAGUUCCAACAGCUUGGGUGGAACGUCAUUUACAGUUUCAAUGACUCAGACUUUGAUGUAUCGGAGAAUCUGCUGACUGUAUACUUGGACGAGUACCCAGAAACACCUUGGGACGCUCUCAAGUAUUUGAUAGCAGGAGUCAACUAUGGAGGUCACGUGACAGAUGAUUGGGACCGUCGUCUGCUCACCACUUACAUCAACCAGUACUUCAACGAAGGAGUGCUCACGACCCCGUUCUAUCGGUUGUCCAGUCUGCCCAAGUACUAUGUGCCGCGUGAGGGAAGUCUUCAGUCGUACAAGGACUACAUAGUGACACUGCCUGGGGUGGACCAGCCACAAGUGUUUGGUCAACAUCCCAACGCAGACAUCACGUCACUUAUCACGGAGACACGUCAGUUGUGUCUGACGUUACUGUCACUGCAGGUACAGGCUGCGGGGGCCCAGGAGGCAGACAAGGAGAACAGCGUCAUGACAUUAGCUACUGAAGUGCUGACCAGAAUACCAGAGCCGAUAGACUACGAAACCACAGAGAAGCUCAUCGGAACCAAGAAAACCCCCUUGGAUGUUGUUUUAUUACAAGAGAUCUGCAGAUACAACAGUCUGUUGGUGACUAUGAGAGACAGUCUGGAGGAACUACAGAAGGGUAUCCAGGGUCUAGUGGUGAUGUCUUCUACACUGGAGGAGAUCUUCAACUGUAUGUUUGAGGGAAGAGUGCCUUCCGCUUGGCUCAAAGCUUAUCCCUCACUAAAGCCUCUAGGCUCUUGGACCCUGGAUCUUGCGAUGAGAGUAGAACACUUUGCCACAUGGGCGGCUACAACUCAUCCACCUUUGUUGUUUUGGUUAGCCGCAUACACAUUCCCUACAGGCUUUCUAACAGCAGUACUCCAGACUUCUGCGAGACAGCUCGGCAUCUCAAUAGAUCUACUUGGCUGGGACUUCACACCACAGGCUUUGUCUGAGAGAGAGAUACAACUGGCUCCUACUGAAGGGGUCUAUGUACGGGGUAUGUUCCUGGAGAGCGCUGGUUGGGAUCAGAAGAAGUUGUGUCUGUGUGAUCCUUCGCCUCUGCAGCUCGUAUCUCCCAUGCCUGUCGUACUGUUCAAGCCUUGUGAAGUCAACAAGAAAAAGUCUAAAGGACUGUACACAUGUCCGGUAUAUUACUAUCCACUGCGGGCCGGGACUCAAGGCAGAGAAGCGUUUGUUGUCGCAGUUGACCUCAAGAGUGGAGCUGAUGAUGCGGAUCACUGGAUCAAGCGAGGCACAGCCUUGCUGCUCAGCCUGACCAGCUGAUGGUUCAAACUUUUGUUUUGUGUUGUGUUUAUUUAUUGUAACUUUUUUAUUUCUUAAGAACAAUAAAGUGUAAUUUUUCCC